UUUGGAUAUUUUUAAUUAUUAAAAAUGUUUUAUAUAGUAUUUACUUCAAUUGAAAAAAAAUCAAGUAAUGUCGUAGCAAAUGUGAUAUGAUAAAUAUACUGUGACUAAAAUAUCGACUGAAAAUCUUUAUCACAAGUUUCUUUCACCGUUUAGGGCUUAUAAUUAAGAUUUUAAUUAAAACUUAAGUGAAAUGGAACCUGAAAAGCCUUUUGCGUGUACGAUUACUGAUUGCGGAAUGACGUUCACCAAUGAAGACCAUCUUCAUGUCCAUACUAAGAAACAUGACAUGGUGUUGCAGCUUGGCUUGGAACAAAAAGCUGCUUUUGUCGCUGAUCAGACUCCAACUCCGACUCGGUUCAUCAGGAAUUGUGAAGAAGUAGGAUUGUUUCAAGAUUUGCAAAAUGUCAAUCCAUUUGAUGAAGGCUUCAAAAGGGCUAUGGAAACAAAGCAUGGUGUGCUGGAGGGUGUCAAUGCUGGCAGCUCAUCAGAUGAUGUGCUGCACACACCGCAUCUGGUGUUUCCCAACGUAGAUUCAGGGGAUUGUGCUCUGUUCAGCACCACAAAUAACCAAAGAAAUAUUACUAUAAGCAGGUCAUCCAGUGAUGAGUCCGGUGCAGUUAAAGAGUAUGAAACUACGACAAUUUCAAAACUGACAAAUGAAGUGACAACCAUUAGCAGAGUAGUUGGUAAACAGGAUCUGUUAGACAGAGUAACCACAACAGAUGAUGUGUCUAUUGUAAGACAUGAAGAGACUGCGAGAAAUAAAGAUGGCUUAAAUGAAACAGUUUCUUACACGAAUAAUAUUAUAAAAAUACACAGCAAUGUUGAAAUUAGAAAAGAUAGCAAUAUAGUUAAUAUUGAAAAUUCUAAAAAUACACAAGUACCUGUAACAAUGAUUUCUUAUUCAGAUUCAGUUAUAAAAGAUGCCACUAAUGUUGUAACAAAUGAUGUAUUACUUACAGACACUAAUAAGCUAAAUGUACCUCAAGGCAAAGUACCACCUAUAAUGAGUCAAAGAUCUUUAGAUUUUGUUGUAGAUAGUCUCACAUCAGAUGCCUGCCAUACUGAAGCAAUUGAUAGAGAAAAAGAACAUCUACUUAAAACACUAAAAAGAAACUAUGAUAAUGCUUUAAAUAAAAAUUAUAACACGCAAGUAGAAAAACCAGAUACAAAUGUUAAAAAUAAUGUAAAUAAUAAAGAUUUGAAAGAUAAUGAUUAUGAAGUAAUCAUAAAACUUCCUAAUGGUAAACAAGUGAGAAUGAAAGCAAUCGAAGAAGAUAUGCAAAAUGAGAAAACAGUAAAAGAAGAUACUAGAGAAAAGUUGAAAAAGGUUUUAACAAACAAAGUCAAAGAUAAACAGGAGACCAGAAUUCCAAAUUUUCAAAGACUGUCAAGUCUACAAAAUACUCAUAUAGUACAAAAUAUACUGCCAUUAACAACAGCCACUCUUAUACCAGUAACUAUUGUAAGCCCACCAAAUACCAUAAUGCAACCAACAUUAUCAAAUGUCUCAUUAGUUCCCAUUGAUACAGUGAAACUCAAAAAAAGUGAUAAUUAUAAGGCAGUUAAAAGAAAAUCAAUAAUAGAUAAUGAAACAAAACAAAGAGACAUAAACAAAAGUGAAGGAAAUAAAUUAGCAAUAAGCAUAAAUUCAACUAAAUCACCAAGAAAACCUAACUUUGAUGAUGAUUGUAUCAUAGUAGACAACAAUAAUAUUGCCCAAACAAGAAGAUGUUCACCUUCACAACAGUAUUUAGAAAAUAGAAGCGCGGCUUCAAAACGAUAUAGGAAACGUUUAAGAGAAACAAUGAAGCAGCAAAGUGAGGAAAACAGAUUAUUAAGAGAGAAAAAUAAAAUACUAACAGCCGAGAAAGCGGAAUUGAAACUCAUAAUAACGGAACAUUUAAGAAAAUGUCCAAUGGCUGACGAUUUGAGAGAUAUUCAAGAGAGACUGAGAAAAGCCACAACUGGUUUGUAGCACAAAAUAAUGUAAGAGAACUGUACUACGCUUAACAAUAAAAUUAUUUCUGUGAUAGAUUUUUGGAAUAAUUAUAAUUUAAAACCUAUAAUAAUUAAAUAUGACUUUAAAUCGAGUCUUAACAAUUAAUCACAAUCAAGAAUUUCCA